UCAUAUUUUGUGUUGAGAGGAGAAUUAUUAAUUAUAGACUUGAUCAAGAUGAGCACCAACAAAGGGCAAGAUCAAUCAUACCCAAUGAACGGUGGAGAUGGAACUUUCAGCUACACCAAAAACUCCUACAUACAAGAAGCUGCUGUAAAUGCUGCCAAAACUACUAUCCAUGAAGCAAUUGAAGAUAAGCUUGACAUUAAGGAAUUGUUCUUUUCUAAUAAAUCAACAAACAAUGGUGCCAUAUUUCGCAUGGCUGAUUUGGGAUGUUCAGUUGGACCAAACACAUUUUCUUCUAUGGGAGAAAUACUUGAAGUUGUUAAACACAAAUACUUGAAGUUCUCUACUUCUCCCAAAACUACACUAGAAUUUCAAGUAUUCUUUAACGAUCAUGUCACCAAUGAUUUCAACACCCUUUUCGCUUCUCUUCCCGUCGAUAAGCCCUACUUUGCAGUUGGGGUUCCAGGGUCAUUUCAUGGCCGCCUGUUCCCCAACUCGUCUCUCCACCUUGUCCAUUCUUCAUAUGCACUCUUGUGGCUCUCUCAGCUUCCGAAAGAGUUGGUUGAUGAGAGCUCUACAGCAUUUAAUCGCGGGAGAAUUCACUACUUAAAUGCCUCAAAUGAUGUUUUCAAGGCUUAUGGAGCUCAAUUUGCGAAGGACAUGGCUACGUUCUUGGAUGCUAGAGCGAAAGAGCUUGUGGUUGGAGGUUUAAUGGUGUUGACCAUGCCUUUUGCCCCGAAUGGUGUUACUUUUUCUCGAGUACUUAUGUGUGUUGUAUUUCAUCUUCUUGGAUCUUCCCUCAUGGAUAUGGCAAAAGAGGGGCUUGUCAAUGAAGAUCAAGUAAAUUCUUUCAACAUACCAGUGUACCUUGUGUCACAAAAUGAGAUGAAAGAAUUGAUAGAAGUAAAUGGGUGUUUUAGCAUUGAGAAAAUGGAGCUAACAAAGUCUAUGUUUGAUCAAUCUCAAAUAAUUUCUACACAGACAACUACUAUGCAUCUAAGAGCAGCAGUGGAGGUUCUAUUGACCAAACAUUUUGGUAGUGAGAUUAUUGAUGAACUCUUUGAUAGAUUUCAUAAGAAAAUUGAAGACAUUUCAGAUCAACUUCAACAUAUUCACAAGGAGGGGGGAUUUCAAAUCAUUCUUGUGCUAAAACGGAAGUAGUACUAAAAUAUAUUGUAUGUUAUGUAGAGAAGUGUUGUCGUUAAUUUCUUAUUUCAAUCUUUUAUAGUUAAUAUCUGCGCUAAAAUUUAUGUUUAAUUUUUUAUUUAUUUUUUGAUAAAGAUAUUCAUUCACUAUAAUAAAUUUGGGUUGUAGGGGAGAUAAAUGUUGUCUCUAAUAAUACUGGGUCUUC